AUGGAUGAGUUGAUGGACGACAGUCAGUGGAUCAAUGGUACAGUGUUGGAAGUUCCGUCUGAGCGAUGCCCUGUGAUCUUGGACCCCCUGACGAGGCUCAACUUUCGGAUGCUUAUCGGUGACAUUUUAAAGCUGUCACCGUCUCCCAUAUCCACCGGCUUAUUUCGCUUUGGUUCAAGAUGGGUUUCUUACGUGGAUAUUUGUGGUAUCGUUCGCCAAAUUGAUAUUCGUGAAAAGUGCUAUAUUGUCCAAGUUGACGAUGGCACAGGCCUGCUGAGGUGCACCAUUUGGAGAAAACACGUCUCUCAGCACUUGUCUGACUAUUCCCAAGAGUAUCCUGCUGAGAGUGUUGCAUUAGGCCAAAAACUUCUCCAGUUGGCCACUCGCUUCACACCUGUUGUUUACCCUAACGGGAACAUCACAUCAAACCUCGGAGUCGGUGACGCUAUCAAUCUCCGCGGCUGCUUGCAGCUUUUUCGCAAGACUAUCAAUAUCUCCGCAAGUUAUUGCCGCGUGAUUACGAAUCCACAAGAAUUGCUUGACAGCGUUUUACAAGCACAUCAACUCAAGUCUCGGGUCUACAGUCGCUCUUAUAACGCGGUGGAAGUGUUGGAUCACCUCAAAGCAGACCUUCAAAAGACCAUAAAUAAAAGUCUUCUUCAGCGGAUUCAGACAGUGAUUGAGAACAAUGAGCUCUUCCUGUUCACACCAUUGGAUCUUCAAUUGAAUGCCGAAGUGAUCCAACAAAUUAACAUGGAAGGUGCAGCGACGGAGGACAAUUUGUCCUACGGACCAGAUUGGGAAUGUAUCUCUUCGCAAAAAAAUGCAAAUGCUAAAAAGCCCAGUGAAUCUGUUGAACUGAAGCGCUGUGUACAAGCUAUAAUUGAGCAGUUGCUGAUGGAAGGAACCAUCUUCCGCUCCGUCGAUAUCAUCGGCGGAAUGUACGCCUAUCAAUACACCCUCAGAAACCGAAACCUAGCCAAGCAGAUUUGUUACAUCAUUUCUACGGAACAGAGGGACUAUGAAAGGGGCGUUCCCUUUAACAUCAUUUUGGAGAAAUUGCGUUCCUUUAGUUCAUCUAAGAACUCGCAGCGCCUCUACAGGUGGAUUACUCGUCAGGCCUUGGAGAUACUGAUCAACACCCUCUUGGAAAGGAGUCUUAUCUAUUCUGUCAAUCCAGGCUGUUAUAAAUUGGCUUAG